GAGUUUCAUUGCCAUGACCUCAUCCCUGGUGUGGGAUGACGUCAAAUUCAAAAUGGAUGGAAUCACGACCAGUACGCAGAAAUCGACACAACACUGAAGAAAGUCCGGGUUGUUUGGAUGAAAGAACUUAAUCCCGAGGGCCGGCAAUGGAGAGCCUAGUGCACUACAGUUAUCCUGCCCACGCCCUCUCUGUGCUGGGGCUGCUCAAUGAGCAGCGUCUCCGAGGCCACAUGUGUGAUGUGGUGCUAGUUGUGGCGGAUCAGCGGUACCGAGCCCAUAAAAGUGUUCUUGCUGCCAGUAGUGAAUAUUUCCAGUCCCUCUUUACCAGGAUGGAUGAUACGGCACUGAAGGUUGUAAACCUGGACUUCUGUGAGCCUGAUGCCUUUGAAAUAGUUCUGAAUUACAUUUACUCCUCUUCACUUUUUGUGGACAAAGACAGUCUUUCAGCUAUCCAAGAGCUCGGGUACACCUUGGGAAUCCCUUUCCUCACCAACAUAGUGUCCACAAGGCCACAUGCGUCAUAUUGCAUCUCUAGAAAAAGACUGACCUAUACAGAAGGGGAUGACAAUGAUGUCCAGACAAGGAGCGUCAUUGUGUGCCGUGUAAGGAAUGAUGCAUCUGAACCCUCUUGUCCAAGCUAUCAGACAAAAACAUCCGAAAGCUCAUCAUCUCUUGUCACAACAGAGUUGACUCAGCCUCCUUUAGAACUUAACUCCUGUGACUCAGUCAGAAACUCGGAACCAAUCGCUAGUAAAUCACCCGAGCAAAGUGAAGCUUCUGGAAGGAGGUCCACCCACCCAUCCAUUUUCAAAGGGAAUCCAUCAUACAACUCUUCUAUGAGGCCCCUGCUGAAAACAUCCGCAUCAUUCAGUGAUGCUGAAUUGGAGCAUAUUAGACUGCCAUCUUGCGUAGACCAGGACAUGAAACAGGAGUCUGGGGAGCAGGAGCAGAGCUACAGCACCAAAGUGCCCUUUCAGGGUCAGGCCUCUGAACUGAACCAGACUAUUGACCGGAGUGGGCCACUCAUAAAAAGUUUACUUCGUAGAUCGUUGUCUAUGGACAGCCCUGUUCCAGUCUUCUCACCCACACUGGAGCUCAAGGAGCUGCAAAAUCACGAACAGUCAGUCGUUAAAAUGGCAUCGAAGGCAUCAGAUUCCGAAAUAUCUGCUCACAAUGGCAACGCGAGAACAUCUCCCAUUAUUCUCAAGUCAAAGUGCCACAGCAGACGUGAUGGACAAACUCAGGUAGAAAGAGAGCACAGUGUGAAAGUGGAGCCCAGCAGUCCACUCGCAGACCCCCGGGACAUUAUUCGAAUCACAGUUGGCGAAGCUUUGCCAGUCAAUCUUAAAAACAUGCAAACAAAUUACGAACAGUGUUCCAAGGCUAGCUUCAUUCCUUUUGGGAAACGAAAAGAGAGGUCAGACAACAGACGAUACCCAUUCAAGAAGAACAAAAUAUUUAAGGAAUACACCAUCUCCCCUGAAGAGAACACGUCAGAAGUUGUGUCUCAAAGCACCACAGACGAGAACAACGACGAGUCGCCUCCGAACAAGAUUUUUACUUGCUGGAACUGUUUCAAGGUUUUCAGGUCCAGUGCCGGACUACAUCGACAUGUAAAUAUGUACCACAACCCUGAAAAGCCGUACGCUUGCGACAUCUGCCACAAGCGCUUCCACACUAACUUCAAAGUGUGGACACACUGUCAAACUCAGCAUGGUGUCCUACAGAAUCCAGCAUCAUCUUCCAGCUCCCCGGUGAUGGAUGAUAGAUUCCAAAAGAAACUGAUAGACAUUGUCCGAGAGCGAGAAAUAAAGAAAGCUUUGCUCUGGAAGCUAAAAAGGAAUAAACAAGCUUUGCAGUCUUCCACCCUCUGCAAAAAGCGAUCAAGAUCCAACUUUGUAUGUCCCUAUUGUGGGAAAGUGUUUGUGUUUCAGUCACAGUACAGGCAGCAUUUAAGGACACAUCCUGCAGAAAAAGCUGACAAGGACAAAGAAGGGGAGAACAUCCUCUACCAGGAACAGGAUGGGGUGAUUCACCAGAAUGAUUCCGAUGCUGGUGUUUAUGCCUGUAGACUCUGUAAUAUGAAGUUGCCUUCACUCAUCGAGCAGGGUGAUCAUGAGAGGGGUUGUCGGCAUUCCACUGUAUGCCCGUACUGUGGCCUCAGAUUCUCAUGUCCAACAGUCAAGAAAGACCACGAGGUGCACUGCAAGUACAAGAAACUGACAUGUCUGGAAUGCAUGCGAACCUUCAAGUCCUCCUUCAGCAUCUGGCGCCAUCAGGUGGAGGUGCACAACAACAACAUGAUGAAUAUUAAGGAACGGAUGAAUCUGAGGCAACAAGAGCACAAUGAAGGAAUGUCAGAAAUGUUCUUAGAGGAGCAUUACACUAGUGAACCUCUUGCCAGAGAGAGCAGUAUCUACAAUGACUCCUCAGGCACACCUAUGUAUGAUUCAGAAGACUCUUCAUCCUAUGUGCCUGAGGACCUAAGCAUGGGCCAUCAUGGGAAACUAGUGGUGAAAGAAGAGCCGUUGGAGGAGGCUCUGAGUGAGCGGGAAGAAACGGAGACCAGCCAAACAGGACUGGAAGAACCUGGCGUGUGGCCUUGUGAGAAAUGUGGAAGUCUUUUCAGCUCUCGAAAAGACCUGGAGCGUCACCAGGAGCUCCUGUGCCACAUCAAACCCUUCAUCUGCCACAUCUGCAACAAAGCCUUCAGGACCAACUUCCGCCUUUGGAGCCACUUUCAGUCGCACAUGUCGAGCGCGAGUGAACACGGAGCCAAAGAGAUGGAUGGGCACCCCCCACAUUUUCCCCCCUCCCCUCCCAUGACCUCUCAAAACUCUGACCGGCCCUCUCCACAGGCCUCUGUGCUCACCCAAGCAGGGCCCGUCGUGGUUGCAACGGGCGAUGAGUCCAGCAGCCCUGAGCCUUCCAUGUCAUCGGUGAACAACAACAAGAUCCAAGCUCAGUCUGAGCAGCAACCUCACAACCAUAGUCCCGUGUCAAGGUCAAACAGCGUGGAGAAUUCAAGCGGGGCUCAGGAUUCAGAGACCCUCUUUUACCACGCACCAUCUCUCUCUGCAUUGACCUUCAAACGGCAGUACAUGUGCAAACUCUGUCAUAGGACCUUCAAGACAGCUUUCAGUCUCUGGAGCCAUGAGCAAAGUCAUGGCCAUGUGUAAAGGUUCAUUUAUCUUGAGGGUUCAUACUCAAUCAUCAAAUACGCAAACAAGCCUGCAAAAGGCAUACUUUGAAUGUAUAGUUUACUCGCUUGCCUCCAGCGUCCUAUAUUAAGGUGGCUGUGUUGAUUUGGUUGUUAACAGAGUAUUUGGGCUACACUAAAAAGCACAAAAAAAAUGAUAAGUUUUUUUUUUUUUUUUUCAGAAGAAUCAUAUCUUUUUCUACAUUUGGGGGGAAAAAAAAUCUGAAUCAAGUGAAUGUCAAAAUUCCCACACAAACAAGCGAUACAGGAGGUGAUCUCAGACUGUGUAGUUCAGGUGUCAAACCCAUUUUUGCCGUGGGCCACGGUUUCCCUCAGAGGGUCGUUGUGACUUUGAAACCAUAUAAAUGUUUAAUCACCUUAUCAUAUCACAUAUACAUGACAAAUUGAAGCACAUGAUUUGCUUUCACAGGCCACAAAAAUUGAUGUGGCAGGCCAGAUCUGACCCCCGGCCUUGAGUUUGACACCUGUGGUGUAGUUCUUUCUCAGGAACAGACAAAACAUUAAAUUUCUCAUACGAGGUUUUAAUGUGCUAAAACAUUGACUAUUUAAUUUACUCUUACUUUUGAAGGUCCCGUAUUUUGCCUAUUUCCAUAGUGUGACUGUCUAACAUGGACUUAGUAUAAAAGUGUAAAUUUAAUUUGGUUUUGUCUACACUAGUGUCCAGAAAAGGCUCAUCUGACAGUUACUUCUGUUUGACCCAGUUUUGUAUCCACUUUUGGCUAAGGCCACUCCCUUUCUUCUGAUUGGUUCACUCCAUUUGUGAGAGCACACGUGUUUGUUCUGUUGAUAGCGCAGAAGCGGAGAAGUAGGCGGAGAUCUUCAUUUGUGACGAAGAUAAGCUUGAGAAAUUUGAAUGACCUGAUUUCAGGCCUCCCGGCAGAAAAACCUCUAGGACUAAGGAAUCCGUGGAUGAUUUUAAUUCAUAUUUCACGUUUACUGAGGCACGAUAGGGCCAAUAUAACAUCCCACAUACUCGGAAAAAGUUGGUUUGGUAAAAUAUGAGACCUUUAAGUGUAUCUUCAGAAGAUCCUCCACAGUUAUCAUUCUUAGUGCAUAUUUAUGUUUGGAAUGUUACCUCAUUUUUGUACAAUUAUGAUUUUUUUUUCCAUAUUUUUUUUUCUCAUAAAUGAUUACCGCUUUCUCAUGUCACUAUUUUUUUUAAGUAUCAUUUUUUUUUCUUUUCAGUGUGACCCUAAUACUCUAUGUAUAAACAUGAAUGUGAGAAAGAAUUCCAGAUACUUUUUGGGCUUUGAAAAUUGAUUAUUUUCAGUCCAAAAUUAUCUAGUUCAACUUGUCGUAGUUGCCUAAUUGUAUUUACAUGUGCGUAUAGGUGUUUUAAGAGAGCAAGAUUUUUGGAAGUUGUAACCCAUGUUACUUCAGCUGUACCACAUGUGACUUCGAUGAGUAUGGACUGGGGUAUGAUCACAUGCAGUUUUCUGCGUAAAUGUUUUCGUUUAUCUGCUGCAGUUCAAAUAUUGGUUAGUGCUUUUGCUGUUGUAUCAGAUUUCUUGGUGUUAUGACCUUUAAAGAUUCUUCACGUCAUGCACUUUUUUGCCUUUAUAUAACUGGGGAGAUGUCAAAAUGUUCAAAACUGUUUGAAUUGUACAGUUGUGACUUUAGGACUGAUGCAUGUAGCUUAUUGCUAUUCACUUUCUUCACACAUCAAUUUAUAUUACAGACAUUUUCUAACUAUAGUACCUUAAUGUAACAGCAGCACAUAUCAAACAUUGUAUACAUACACCAAAACGUCUCAGGUUGUUCAAGCAUUUCAGAACACUGAUAUAGGGAGAAACCAGGUUACAGUCACUGCUAAUUUAUCUUCCUAAAUAUUAAUUAGUUGAUUAAGAUGCAUUUUGUACAGUUUAAGUGGGUGUCAUCUUGUAUGUUGUAAAAAUUUGUUCUCAUGGGAAGUGGCAUAGACUGAAAAGUUGUGUUUGUGGUCUGAAAAGUUGUGUGUUUGUGGUCCUCUACUUUGCAGAGUAUUUGACUCUGUAGCUAAUGAAUCUGUGAUGUGCGUUAAUAUUAAACCUAUUGUUUUUUUUUUUUUAAUCUCUUGAUUAAUAGGUCAUCAUGGUAAUUAAUUCACAAGGCCCCGAAGGCAUAGCUCCAUUCAGUCCAAGUACCCUUGAGUAAUGUAGUGGCCCUCCUGAUACUGUGUCAUUAGUGUGUAGAUAAGCAGGUUUCUUUCCUUUCGUGUGCCCUCAUCAUUGCAUGAAUGACGCAAAACUGUAAAAGUGCUUUAAAGAGAAGUGCUAUAGUGCUUUGAAAAAGUAUUGGGCCCCUUCUCAAAUUCUUGUAUUUUUGCACAGUUUCCCCACUUUAAUGUUAAAGAUCAUCAAACAUAUGUAGAUAUCAGACAAAUAUAACCCAAGUGAGCUCAAAAUGCUGUUUUUAAAUGGUGAUUUCAUUUAUUAAGGAAGAAAGACUAUUCAAAGUUCCCUGCCCCUCCAUAAAUAAGUAAUGGCCCCCUAAACCUAAUAACUAGUUGGGCCAUCCUCAGCAGCAACAACUGGAAUCAAGUGUUUUGUGUAACUGGCAAUGAGUCUUUCACAUCUGUGGAGAUAUAUUGUUGAUAAUUGACUGUUCUGCAAUUUCUUUGGAUCGUGUCAUUUUGUUGCAGCCUUUUUAGAUCUUUUAUCUGACUGUUGGGACAGAUUCUUUUUAAGUGAUUUCUUGACUGUACAGGUCUGGAGCUAAUCAGGAUUGGAUGUGAUCAGUGAAAAUUAACCAAAAAUUGUGAUUUGCCACAAAUCAUUAAUGAUUUCACAAAGGGGGUAAUUACUUUUUCACACAGGGCUAGGUGACUGAAUCGGUUUUGUAUUGUUUUUCCUUAACAAUUGAAAUCAUUUUAAAACAGCAUUUUAAGUUUACUUGGGUUAUGUGUGUGUGAUAUUUGCAUUCGUUUGAUGAUCUGAAACAACGUGGGAGGAACUGCAAAAUUAUAAGAAUAUGAGAAGGUGGCCAAUACCUUUUCAUGGCACUGUAUAUAAAGUCAGCCUGUUUACCAUUGAACGCAUUCGCCCCCAGGAUACUAUGCUAAAAAUGAGUACAAACGAAUCAACUGUAGAUGUGGAGGCUCCAUUCGUUAUGCAAUCUAACGAAAUGAAUUUAUUUCGCAGCAAAGCUUGAUAAUAGUAAAUGUGCCGUUAAUAUUGGAUACUUAACUGAUAUUAGAUAAUGUAACACAAUUCUGCACCUUGGCUUUCCUCAUGCCUCCUAGACUUGAAAUUUAUAUAAAAAAAAUAUGCUAAAAAUAAUUUCAUAUCCACAGGCCACCUCAGUGAGUUGACUGCCUUCCCCGUGUAACCAGUGUUAGUAUUUGUACAAGCAAACAGCUUUAUAUUUCACUGUUGAGCUUAUGCAACUUACAGCCUUUUUAAUAAUACUAGGUGGCAUGAUGACUCCUCUCAGGUGGUAACAUCAGGAACAGUGAGGCACUCUGAGGCGGAAUAGUUUAUUCUCAUGAGGUACAUUUUCCUGCUUCCUACAGUCACUGCUGAUUGUGUUUUGAUUGUAGCCUAGAUGUUUCACAGUUUAUUCUUGUACUAGUGCAUACCUUUACUUCUGCUUUGGCUUGAUUGUAAAAAUGUGGAUAAAUUGUGAUACAUUUGGGAGCUGCUGAAUUCAAAGAACGUCCCACUGUGGCAAGACAUUUGUCGUGGCGGAUUGGAUUUUUUGGAGACUGCAUUAAUACCAGGGUCAGUAUCGUUCCAUGAUGUGCUUUUGGUGUCCUCAUCAGAAUCACUCAGUCAUUAUGAAAAUGUAGCAGAAUAGUUAUGUUCUGAGGUCUCAUUAGAAGUGGCCAAACAUUUGAUCACAUACUAGUACAACGAGAAGUCUCUUCCCUCAUAGAAGCCCUGAUGUUUACAGUGACAUCACAACUGUGUGUUGUCUUUUAAUGGAGGCUGAAACUGUGGCUAAUUACAAAUGAAAUAUUUACACUUAGGCCAAAAUGUUUCGUAAUCUUCAUGUGUGUAGUUGGAUGUUGUAGUUGGAUGUUGUCAAGCUCAACAUGUCCACUAUCGGUGGAAUAUCAAUUGAUAUUUAAAAAAAUAAAUACCUCAGAAAUUUGAAAUAUAUUUGUUAACAGUACAGCUUGCUAACUGAAUCAUGUUGCUAAGUGACGGUCCACAUAAAAUGUUAACAUUAGCCAAAAAUGUCCAGCCUGGCAUCGUGCAUCUUAUCAGCUAGUUCACGUAUUUUGUUGUUUGCAUGCACAUUGUCUGCUUGCUGUUUAUUAAAGAUUUUAUUUUUAUUUUU